UCCACACAGCAGGCGGAGGCUAAGGCUCGUAGAGAUUGGCAGAAAGAAGAAGAAGAAAGACCAGAGGGUUCGAAGCUUCAGUGAUGGCAUCUGUUUCGGCGGCGGUGGUCUUUGGUCUUAGGUUUACGCCACUGUGCUCUCGGCCAUCAUUUCACGUCUCUCAUAGUUCCAUCCGGCUCGCUUCGUUCAAUAAGGCGAACUCGUUGAGGCUCAGUUCCUCUCACAACAUUUCCGGGGUUGGAGUUGCUCUCCUUCAGAAGUCAUGUCAAAUCGCUCCCCGUCCUCAAGUUUCUACUCCUCUGACUGUUGUCGCUGCUAAAGGCUACAAAAUGAAAACCCACAAGGCUUCGGCAAAGCGAUUCAGGGUGACGGGUCGGGGGAAAAUUGUUCGGAGGAGAGCAGGAAAGCAGCAUUUGCUGUACAAGAAGAACACGAAGAGAAAAUUACGGCUUUCCAAAAUGCACCCUGUUAGCCGAAGUGACUACGAUAAUGUGAUCGGUGCUUUGCCAUACCUGAAGGUGAACAGGCAAGCGCAGUAGAGGUAGAGGUCAUACCUCACCCCAUUAGAUCUUGGCUCUACUUUGUUCAUUUGUAAUUGUAACCAAAUGAUUUUCAAUUUUCCAGAACUCCUCAAAGAGCUAAGUUUGAUUGUUUUUUAAUAUUAUUUCUCUAGUUUAUUCCAUCAGUUCA